CAAUUUCUAAGUCCAGUGUAGUCCCACGUCAUAACCAACGUUAAACCAGAUAGAACCAGAACAGGGAUAGAAGAAGAUGGAGAGUUCCAUUUAAACCUUCCAAGAAAGGAAAGGAAAGGCUUUCCUGAAAGGAGCUAAACUGCAUCAUCUGUGUGUGCUGUAUGUGUCAGUGUGUGACUGUGUGAGAGAGAAAUGAGUGCCCUUUGCGUGCAAUUGAACAUCAACAGCAGAGGUGGUUGUUUAGCAAUGGCAGUUGCCCAGCAGAGCAGCAGCAGCAACAGUAGUACGACAGUUCAACUUCCAGAGGAAAAGGUUGAGAAGAAGAAGAAGAAUUCCAGAGUCUUGAUAUUGGGAGGCACCGGAAGAGUUGGUGGCUCCACCGCCAUUGCUCUCUCUAAACUCUCGCCUGAAUUGCAGAUAAUCAUUGCUGGUCGAAAUAGGGAAAGAGGUGCUGCCAUGGUGGAUAAAUUAGGAGACGACUCAGAAUUCACUGCAGUCAAUAUUGAUGACUCUAAAUCAUUGGAAGCAGCUUUAGCUGGUAUUUUGUUUGACUCCUUUCUCUGAUUUGCUUAUAUUUGUGCAAGAUGAUUUCUUUUUGGGAUGGAUAUUCACGCGUAUUUUCUUUUAUUGUUACAGUAGUUCAUUGUCUGUCUGCAAUAGCAUUUACAAAUUUGGUUCCUGUUGUUUCAGCGCAUUUGACUGGGAUUUGCUUAUAACUUGUUGGGCAUGUGUUAUUUUGCCGAGUUGAUGCAUAUCGGGUUCCUGUUUUUCUUGGAAUUUCUUCUCACUAGUAGGCCAAUUUUGGUAUAUACGUUGAAAAUUUUGUGCUAAUGUGAUUAAAGAAGUCUGCAGCUCAAGUUUUUGAAGUUGUGGGUUUUAUUCAGUGCUUAAAACGUACUCAGUCAGCCACUAUCACAAGAG